UCAGGUGAGUCUCCGUUCUAUUCACUUUGCGAAACCGCCUAUCCAGCCGCUUUGUACAUGGAGUGGAUGGGCUAUAUGCGCUGAUUGCAAGUGAGACAGUAGCGCACGCAGUCCAGUAACCUUUCCUGGUCUCUGAUGCUGUCUUGCGUCUUAGACUUCAGCCCUUCCUAUCGCCGUGGUGGGCACGUUUGCUGACUAUGUACCUUGCCAGACAUCUCAGUCUCACGAACCAGUUGACAUCACGACCCGCUACCCUCCCCGUCAAACAAUGACGCGCAAGAACGUACGUCUCCCCAUCGAGAUUGUCAUGAACAUCCUCGAGACCGCCUACGACGACCAUGAGCCCCGCUCAAACGCCAACCUGUACACAAACUGCGCGCUGGUAUGCAAGGACUGGUCCGUCAUCGCGCAGAAGCUCCUCUUCCACCAUGUUUGCCUGCACAGCCAGACCGCGUACAUCGCCUUCCAGGACGCUGUUGACCGCUCCACGCUCCGCGGUCGGAUGCUCGGAGAUGCAGUCCAGGAGAUGCAGGUGACGUUGGACCACAACCAGCCGUACCGCCUCUCGCACAGGUCCUUCGCACGCGCUGUCACUCUCUGUCCGAAUCUUCUGCGCUUGGGAAUUGCUCUCUACGGCAAGCCGGGCCCUGGUGAUGACCUCGUCGGCGAGCCCUCAGUCGACCGUCUCAAGCGCUCUGCGCCCUCGUUCGACGAACGCACUCUCGCGAUCCUCCGCAAGGGUCCACGCAUCACCUCGCUGCAGUUCAGCAACUGGUCCGACAACAGCUCCUCGCUCGCGCAGCUCCUUGACAUCUGGCCGUCGCUCAAGUCGCUUCUCAUCAGCGGCACGCCGCCGCAGCUCCCGAGCACGUCCCCCGCGCCCUCGACGUGCGCGCUCGAGGAGUUGAGGAUGAACUUCCAGAGCACGCCGUCGAUCGACUUCAUGAAGUGGCUGCUGCACAACUCGCAGGAGAGCCUGCGCAUGCUCGAGCUCGAGCGGGACCCCUCGCCAGAACUACUCGACUACCUGCUCCGCGAGCACGCGCCGACGCUGGAGUCGCUCGCGCUGCCGACGUGCGGCGGACAUGAGGGUGUUGCGUCGAUCCUCCAGUGCACUGCCCUGCGCGAGCUGCGCGUCGAGAGCGCGUGGGCGCCACAGGGCCUGUUCAGCUCGCUGCCGGAGGGCGUGCGGCACAUCGCGUUUGGCGUGGACAUGGACACGUCGCUGCAGCCCGUGCUGAGAACGAUCAAGAAGAGUGACGCGCUGAGGGUGGUGACGGCGCACGUCUGGCACGGCGGCGAGCGCCAUCCGCAGCUGAACGCGCUCAAGAUUGCGUGUGCGCGCCAGGGCGUGGACCUCCGGUUUACUCGGGACGUGCGCGCGUUCCGUGCGAUCAACCGCGGGGUGCUCGAUUCGUGCUCUGAACAUGACCUUUGAGGGCACUCUCAUGCCUUAACGCUCCCACAACGACGACGGAAUCAAAUCGUUCCCAUAAAAUCGACUAAUGCAACAUUGUUGUGCCAUAGCCUCGU